AUGGCCUCGGAACGGGGGCCCACCGCAACAGAAGCUCCGCGUGCGCCCUCUACAUCGACGGUACCGCAGACCACAGCUCCCUUUGGGGCAGUCGCCGAACUAGCCCGGUCGAAGUCGCUCAAGCGACAGCGGGAGACAACACCGACGUCGCAGGAUCCGUUGGUCUCCAGUGGCGAUAUCUCGCCGUCCAAAAUUGCCCGACUGGUGGGCUUUGCCAGGCAGUCGCAUAACCCAUCGACAGGCGAGAUCGCCGAAGACGAUGGCAAUAGGCAGGAGGAGGAGGAGGAGCAUCAGCUGGCUCAACUAGAACACAGUGAGAACCAACAGCAACCUGCGACCGACGACCUCAUGUCGGGGGUCGCAGCAGACCUGCACCGACCGCAAGACGCGCCCCCGGACACAGGGCAUUCGGAUAUCGAGGCGGCUGCGGCAGCCGCGACUGCGAGGGCGCUUAGUUCAGUGACCAUUCCGGAAGGCCACGCCCCUGGCGACGAGCUUCACGAUGUCAGCCCGCAAAGCGGCACAAGUGGAGCAAGCCUCGAGGAUGGAGAUGGACACGUAGUCGACAGCCCGACGGCGAUGGACGUCGAUUCUCGCAACGACGAGAGCUUGUAUGCGCCACAACCCGAGGCACCUAUGGAAGACAAAACGGGAGCGUCCCUCUCUUACCCAGGAGCCAUGCCAGCACCCGGCCAUCCACAAAGAAUGAUGAGCAUGCCCGUAGGCGGCCCACAAACCCCCGGUCUCGAUCUCACGCCCCGCUCGCCAAACUCGAAUAAGAAACACAAGUGCCCCUACUGCGAGACAGAGUUUACGCGUCAUCAUAACUUGAAAAGCCACUUACUCACGCAUAGCCAGGAGAAGCCCUACGUAUGCCAAUCAUGCCAGAUGCGCUUCCGCAGGCUCCAUGAUCUCAAACGGCAUAGCAAACUACAUACCGGCGAGAAGCCGCACGUGUGUCCGAGCUGUGAUAGAAAGUUUGCGCGUGGCGACGCGCUAGCCAGGCAUAGCAAGGGGGCGGGUGGUUGCGCGGGCAGGAGACAGACGAUGGGUUCGUUUGGCCUCAAGGACGGAUAUGAUGGAGCGGACAGCUCCGCCAUGUCGGGGGAAUUGUACGACGGUGCGGGAGACAUGUCGGAUGAGGAGCGGCGGCGUCUGAGCAUGCCGAGCAUCAAGCCGCAGCACGUCGGUGGACAGACGGGGCCAGACGGCUACGGGACCGGCCAUUCGAGCACCUACCCCCCGGCCGGGCAGCGACCAGGCGCACCCGGCGGCCUGUAUCCGCCCAAUGUCGACCGUGGCUCGUCCAGCACAAACACAUCCCCCAGCAUGCCGGGCGGCCACACGCCACAAACUAGCAUAUCAUCUGUGCCGCUGAGCGCGGGCAGCUCAGCCAUGUAUUCACAGGGCGGCAUGACGGAGAGCCCCAAGCCGCUGAGCCCGGGCGGCACGCAGGUAAACGCAGCGGCAGGCCAGCAAAGGGCGGGCAACGAACAGCAGCAGGGCGCUCCGGGGCUGUCCCUGCCUACGCAUGGCAACGCGACGACGGGCCAGCACGCAGCCGGCCGAGGACGCCCCCGCGCGGCGAGCGGCGCGGGACUACCCCCGCAGGGCGGGGAAAACGGCGGCUUUGGGCAGCCAGACCCGACGAUGUGGGCGUAUUUCCAACACCUAGAAGGCACGGUCAAACGGCUUAGCGCCCAGGCGGAGACAGACGCGAGAAGCCGAGCGCAGCUCCUGGAGAAGCUCAAUACGCACGAGCAGCACAUCGCGGCGCUAACGGCCGAGGUGGCAACACUACGGCAGCAGUUCACGCCGCCGCAGGAGGAGGAGGGCUCCCCGACCGAUUCUGCCGCCGCUCAACAGUAG